UGUGCUAGUGUACCUAUACGAUGUCGUUUUCGCUCUCCAAGAGGUACAAUAGCAAUAGAGAGCAACUUUAUAAAAAAACAAACACCAGCCAGCCAGUACUUCGAAGAAAUCGAAUCAAAAUAGAAAACUACAAGAAUAAGAAAAAUGGCAGCUGCGGUAGCCAAAGGAGUGAGCCUCAACCACAUAUCCAGAGAAUCCUCCAACAUAAGGCGUCUCGCCAAUUUCUACAAAGAGAUAUUUGGGUUCGAGGAGAUAGAAGCCCCAAAUUUUGGGGAAUUCAACGUAAUAUGGCUAAAUCUACCAUCAGCUUUUUCUCUCCAUCUAAUCGAGAGAAACCCCAGCACGAAGCUACCCGAAGGUCCAUGGAGUGCUGCUUCACCUGUGGCUGACCCUAGCCAUCUUCCCAGAGGUCACCAUAUCUGUUUCUCUGUCUCCAAUUUUGAGUCUUUUGUGCAAACUCUUAAGGAAAAAGGGGUUGAGACUUUUCAGAGGUCCCUACCAAAUGGUAAAGUGAAGCAAAUUUUCUUCUUUGAUCCUGAUGGGAAUGGGUUAGAGGUUGCUAGCCGAGAAACACCACAACAAUAAGCAGCAAAUAAAAAGUACAAGUUAUCAUCAUUGGAUGGUCUUGUGUUAGUUUAAUGGGUUUUAUGGAUAAUGAAUUUAUGUUUUUAUUCUCCCAUUUGCCCUUCAAAAACUUUGUCAUGAUUAGGGCUAUAGCCCAUGGAUUAUAGAAUAAUGUGUUUCCUGUAAUGAACAUUUAUGCGUACAAGUAUAUUAACUUUAUAUAUAAUGUUUUGUGUAA